AUGUAAAAAUUUGAUAUAUUUGGUUCUCCGUUUGUGUUAGAAAUGGGGAUUGGAAAAGCUAGCAUGAAAACUAAUUUAGGAGGUAUUUUAUCUUUAUUAGUUUUAGCAACUGCAUUAGCAUAUUUCGUCUAUCUAAACUACAUGUAUGGCACAGGAAAUAUAUAACCUAAAGUAACAUCUUUGUAAUAAAAAAUCACGAAGAAUUCAUAUAUACCUCUUAAAUCAAAUUUAAUAUCGUUCGAUAUCUUAAACUAAGAAACUGAUGAAUUUCUGAUGAUGCAAUAAAAAUUACUAAAUUUAGAUUUAAUAUCCUAUACUGCUACUCUUUAGUAGACUGAUGGAAACGGAAAGAGGAUAACUCCAGAUAUUAACAUUCCUGUAAGAUUUUGUUCAGAAUUGACAGACGAUACAGAUGUCGAAUAAGAAGCUUAGUGCUUGGAUUUUUCAGCCCUAACUGAUGAUGAGGCAUAAUUUAUUACUUACGCUGGAAAAGGGUUUGAUACUAGAAUUUACAUUGAGCUUAAUUCUCUUUGUACUGGAGUUAUCCAAACAUGCCUUGAUUCAGCUAUUUAUGAGUAAUAUAUUUUUAGUGAUGAUGUAGAAUUUAUAAUCAAUAUUAAAGAGUAAUAAUUUAAUUCAAAUAAAUAAUCCUUAGAAACUAAUAUAGUAAAACUUGCUUGGGAUUUAGAUUCAAGUUUAUUAACAACUUCAAAGAUCAGUCUUCAGGUAUCUGAAAUAUCUUUACAAAAAGGAUUUUUUUUAUCACCAACUUAAAAUUAUACCCAUCUUUCUGAUGCAGUCUACAUAGAUUCUUAUAAAACAAGAGGUAGUAAUAGCAACAUAGGCUAAAAUGUAAUAUCUAGGUUCUUUAUUUCUGUAGAUUCAAUUUAAACACAUUAAAUAAUUUAGUUUCCUCAAUACCCAGAAAUUUUAGCUUAGUUUAUGAGUGUACUUAAUGUUUUAUUACUCUUAAAAGUGUUAGGAGUCAUUUUUGCAUAGGUUGAGAUUAAUUAGUUUUUUGUUAAUCAAAAAAUGAAAAAAUACUAUAGCUAAACAGCUUUGAAAUUGAUAAGAUAGCAGGAAGAAGAGAAAAGUGACAAAACUCAACAAGGAUUUUUAUCUAAUUAAUCUAAUGUUAAAGUAUAAAAGCUAACUAAAGAUGAAAUUUUAAAAUAACUAAAACAAUUGGAAGAAAAAGAUAUUAACUAAGAAUUAGCAAAACAAUUAAGUGUUUCAUAUCCAGAAAGAAUCAUUAGAACAUUAAAAGGAGAGUAAAAACAAGAUUACAUGAAGAAAAAAAGAAGCAACAAAGAUUUAUAUGAGACAUUGUUUUACUAAGCAACUUAAUCUAAAGAUGUAUUUGAAUUAUAGUCAGAGUUAUUAUAAAUCAAAAAAAUCUUAGCGAUUGUCUUAACUCCAUACUAAUAUGCAGCAAUUAAAUGUUGUGGCACAUCUUUAAGUGAUUAAAUACCUUUUUUGUUAGAUAGAAUGAACAACAACGACUCAAAAAAGAUAUAAAUUUAACCAGAAUAAUUAUAGAAAGAAUAAAUCGAAUUAGAAUCCUAAACGGCUCUUUUAUCUUCAUAGCACUAUAAUCAUAUUGAAUUAAUCGAUAAAGUAGACUAUGAUGAUUAAUUCUUUUAAACAUAAUUAGAUAAAUUCUUAUCAGAAGCUGAGAAAGGAUUUUCUAACUUGGAUGAACAUGAAAAAAAAGUGAAUGAGCGUUUAUUAGAUUGUUUAAAUAAGACUUAUGGUUUUACAAGUAAAUGA